AUGGGGGCCGGAGCGAGUGCAGAGGACAAGCACUCCAAAGAGCUGGAGAAGAAACUCAAGGAGGAUGCAGAGAAGGACGCCAGGACAGUCAAGCUUCUUCUGCUGGGUAACGUCUGCAUGUCUGGUCAUCUGGCCCGCUGAUCUGGGGAAUGGCCUGGGUUGAGGGUGUUCUAUGGGGUGUCUCAUCAUAACCUGGUAUCCUCCAGACCACAUACAAAAUGACAUAUAGACUCUAAGGCCCUAUAUGACUGUCCAGUGAUUGGCUUGUAUUUUAUGUGGUCAAAAGUCUAUUGCUUCCAUAGCGUAUGUAAUAGAAAUGUGAACAUUUUGUGAAAAGCAACCAUUUGACCCUAAGUGUAUAAUCCCAUGUUUAUAUUGAGGAGUAGACUAUACUAUGGAUGGGGGUAGAGAGAGUUUUUUCCUCUGUUGUUUAGCUUUGACAGAGAUGUGAAGAUAAUGUCCAUAGUAAUCUCCUGUGGUGUUGAAUAAUGCAGAUGUGUAGACAGAGACAAUGUUAUCUUGGCUCUUGGUAUUAUAUAAUUAAUCGUUAAUCACCCAUUUACAGUUCUAACAGCCUGGUCUCAUAGACUAGACAUAAAAUAGUAAAUGUAAAUCCGGAACACUCAAAUGAGAAUGAUAUGCUACGUUUGGUAUGAUUACAUAAGACAGAUGGUUACUUAAGGCAAAAACAAAAGUGAGCUGGUUGGUCGGGGUGGAUGGGUGGGCGUAUAAUGCGAACGUCUAGCAAUCUAAUCACAUACAACUUUAGCUAUUUAGCAACCUUUCAACUACUUACUACGUUUUAGUUACUUUUCAACUGUUAGCUAACUCUUCACCUAACCUUAACCCUAACCUUAACCCUUUUAGCUAACAUUCCCCUAACCUUCACCCUUUUAGCUAAAUCUUCCCCUAACCCUAACCCUUUAACCUAACUCCUAAACUUAACCCUAACCUUAACCCUUUUAGCUAACCAUUGCCCUAACCUUAACCAUUUUAGCUAAAUCUUCCCCUAACCCUUUAACCUAACUCCUAAACUUAACCCUAACCUUAACCCUUUUAGCUAACCAUUGCCCUAACCUUAACCCUUUUAGCUAACAUUCCCCUAACCUUCACCCUUUUAGCUAACUCUUCCCCUAACCCUAACCCUUUAACCUAACUCCUAAACCUAACCCUAACCUUAACCAUUUUAGCUAACCAUUGCCCUAACCUUAACCCUUUUAGCUAAAUCUUCCCCUAACCCUAACCCUUUAACCUAACUCCUAAACUUAACCCUAACCUUAACCCUAACCCCUAGCCUAGCUAACGUUAGCAAGCUAGCUAACAUUAGCCACCUAGCUAGAAUUCGUAACAUGUCAUAUGUUUAGCAAAUUUGUAACAUAUUAUACGUUUUGCAAAUUUAUACAAUAUUGUAUGUUUUCCAAAUUCGUAACAUAUAAUAUGAAUUGUAAUUCUUAAUAUAUCAUACUAAAUGGGUGAUGGACAUCCACAAAUUAAUAAAUACAAUAUGAAACGUAACAUAUCAUAUGAAAUGGAAUGUCUCGGAUUUACACACAGAAUAAUAAGAAAUGCUCUGAGACCAGGUUGGUUCUAAGAAUGGUCUGAGCCUUAAACCAAGUUGGAUUAUAAUUGAGACUUUACCAGCCUUGCAAACACUAUUUUCAUUGAAGAGAUCAUUACACUAAUUAUUUUUCAUUAUUUUGUCUUUAUUGGGGAUGAAACAAGGGAAAUGUCAAAGACAAUGGGAUUACUAUGCCAAAUACAUCACCCUCUUGUCGACAUUUGCUAAAAGAAUUGACUGAAACUGAUGAUAUUCAGAGGCACUACAUUUUGCAUCAGCAACAUUGGUGAGACUAAGCCACUAUGUAAAGGCCCGAGGCUGUAGCUUAUCCACCCCUGGCUGUCACACUAUUGUUCUGAACACUUUGGUAAUUAAUCACAUCAAUCUCCUGGUAAUCCUAAAACAACAACUGUUGCAUUACAGUAGGCUUAUCCUCACACUACUGCACACACAUACACACGUCCUACAGCCUAAUUACCCCAAGGCAAACCUAUUAUAGCUCUACUGACCCCAACAUCCACCCUCAACCUAACACCCUGCAUCAAUUCUUCAUGAACUAAGGCCUAGAUUCAAUCAGAUCAAGCGUUAACCUGCAAUAGCAGACACCCUCGUAGUGGAUAUUUUGGCAGUGUCGGAGGUGGAACUGCAUUGGAGCCGUCAAAUCGGUGAGCAGCUGCUCUUGCGAUCAUUGACACGAAGCCACACCAGCCCCACUCUCGUUAGAAGUUCAGAAGGAGAAAGUGUAGACUAUAUAGAAAUAAUGAUGCUCAACUUGAAAAAUCGUUCAACGAAAUAAUGAGGAUUUCUAUUGAAGGACCUAAAGGAUGAGCGAGGCAGUGGGAGGGAGCACUUUCAUGUCAUCAGAAACUUGAUUAGGACCACAACAUGGAUUGUAAAUCCCUGCGGUGUAGUAGCCAUGUAAUGAGCAAGUGGAACACAUGCAGAUUCAGGUGGUGCUGCUGACAUAAGAACAUUCAGCAUGUAUAGCACUCUGCACCCAGUUAUCACAUUGACACUGUCCCUGAGGGGCCUCCACACCUCAUAGAAACUCUACUAGAAAGUAAAGUAGUGUGUGUUUCUCACUGGCCCUGCAAUCAAUCAAAUAUAUUUUAUCAAUUCCUUUUUAUGGAAGCAGUUGUCAUAACGUGCUUUACAGAGACCCGGCCUUAAACCCAAAAGAGCAAGCAAUGCAGAUGCAGAAGCACAGUGGCUAGGAAAAACUCCCUAGAAGGCAGGAACAUAGGAAGAAAACUAGAGAGGAAUCAGGCCAUGAGGGGUGGCCACUCCUCUUCUGGCUGUACCGAGUGGAGAUUUAAGUGUGUGGCCAUAUAGGCCUGAUCAUUUUUCAAGACGUUCAAACGUUCAUAGAUGACCGGCAGGGACAAAUAAUAACCAUGAUGGCUAUAGAGGGCGCAGCAGGAGAGUGAGUCAUACUGUAUCUCAGUGACAAUAAAGUUCUUCCUGGCAUCAGAUUUGGAGGGGUUUAGGAGAGGAGUAAUGAGCUUGGUGCCCUUGUGUGGAUCAUCUGUGGGUCAGGCCACACACCGAUUCAACGGGGAGGACCAUAACAGGGCAGGAAAGAAAAUAGAGGGAAUAGUAGGAGAGGAAAAUUAAGGGGUCAAGUGAAAUGGAAGAAGGGAGUACACUUUGGGACCUGUCACUCCAGGUCUGGAAUCCAGGUCUAAAAUAGUUUAACACUGCAGCCCAGUGGUCAUUUUUGGUACUGUAAAUGUGAAUCCUGCUUCCUACAUAGAGACAGAGCUACACGCUCCCCAAACCUCUCACCAUGCAGUACAUCACGGUCUCCUACCACAGGCCGUCAUUUGUAUAUACAGCACCUGAGAGCUAAAUAAUUGUACUGCGUGUCACUAAACCUUUUUUCCCCACUUGUGUAUAGGUGCUGGAGAAUCAGGAAAGAGCACAAUUGUCAAACAGAUGAAGUGAGUCUGGCAACACUAUUGUACCAAGUGCAAUAUUAUAAAACAUAUGUGUCUCAAAGAUCAAAUGUCAACUUUAUUUGUGGCUGCUUGUGUUCUCGCAACAGAAUUAUCCAUCAAGAUGGUUACUCUCUUGAAGAGUCUAUGGAGUUUGUUACCAUCAUUUACAGCAACACCGUUCAGUCCAUCAUGGCUAUUGUAAAGGGCAUGACUCAACUCAACAUUGGCUAUGGUGACACCGCUCAGCAGGUAGAUACUGUACACUGACUCUCUACAGUACACUAUUCAGACAGGUGGAUUAUACAACAUACCCAAGCCAGGCAUCAUAUUAUUUGGGAUAUGAUAUAAAAUCCUUGGACAAACUGAGUAUAGUAAGCAUGAUGUGUGGAUGUGUACUUUUGUGCUUGUGUGUGUCUGUAGGACGAUUCCAGGAAGCUCAUGCACCUGGCAGACACCAUUGAGGAGGGCUCCAUGCCCAAGGAGCUGGCCGACAUCAUCAUGCGGCUGUGGAAGGACACUGGUAUCCAGGCAUGCUACGACAGGGCCUCUGAGUACCAGCUUAACGACUCUGCUGGAUAGUAGGUUUACUCUCCUGGACUGGACCAUCCCCAUCCCUAUGAAACCACCAUCAUCAUAUCCACAUAGUAAACAAAGGGCUGGUUUCCCAGACACAUAUUAGGCCUAGUCCUGGACUAAACAGCGCUUUAAAAUUGAGAAUCUCCAUUGAGAAUGCUUUUUAGUCCAGGGCCAGGCUCUGUAUCUGGGAAACUAGCCCUAAGCGCUUUGGACCUCUUGGUAGACAUUUAUAUAGAGAAAUUGUUAAUCCUAUAUUAGUGUGUUGACGAACCAGACGAAGGAAGGAGGUUGUUCAUCUCUCUGUGUCCCACCUAGCUAUCUGAAUGACUUGGAGAGGCUGGUCCAGCCUGGAUACAUCCCCACCGAGCAGGACAUGUUGCGAUCCAGAGUAAAGACCACUGGUAUCAUAGAGUCCCAGUUCGGCUUAAAAGACCUCAACUUCAGGUGAGGCUAAAAAUACAACAAAGUGUGCCAUUGAUCAGAAUCACAAAAACACUAUCUCUCUUUAAGUAAUCCAAUGAGCUCAGAUGACAAUAACAUUGUAAUAACAUAGUAUAACAUUGGCGAUCAACACAAUGACAUCUGCAAGCACUCCCUCUCGCUCUCCUGCAGGAUGUUUGACGUGGGUGGCCAGCGCUCAGAGAGGAAGAAAUGGAUCCACUGCUUUGAGGGUGUGACCUGUAUUAUCUUCAUUGCUGCUCUGAGCGCCUACGACAUGGUGCUGGUGGAGGAUGACGAAGUGGUAAGAUACAUUAUCAUCACAUUAUAGACACUAGAUUGAAGGAGUCACUGUUGGACAAAGUGAUGAGAUAUCACGAUCAAAGACGGUAGAUUGAGGUAGUCACUGUGGCACUGUAGUAUGGACAGAGGUGAAAUUAGCUUUGUGAGCUCAUGGAGAGAUGAAUUGUAGAGAAAUGUGUUUCAUUAGAUUCUUUUAUGCAUGUAAUCCAUUUGUCCCUCUUUUUUAAUAUGAUUCUCUCCACAUGAAGAACCGAAUGCAUGAGAGUCUCCACUUGUUCAACAGUAUCUGUAACCACCGUUACUUUAUUGCGACCUCCAUCGUACUCUUCCUCAACAAGAAAGACGUCUUCACCGAGAAGAUCAAGAAGGCUCAUCUCAGCAUGUGCUUCCCCGACUACGACGGUGGGCUCACAACAGCAGAUCUGUCACCCUGGCCUGUUCUCUUUGGAACACUCCAAAAGUGCAACAAAAGUGCACAUUCUUCUCAAUGUUCUUUUGAUGUUAGAGCAAUGUCAGAGCUUAACUAUUGCAUACUGUGUUUGUCAUCCAUAGCCUAAGACAGCUUUGAUUUCAGUUCUGUUGAGUCUUUUAACAAUAUUGUAAGUAUUAUUUCCCUAAAUGUUGUUUGAUUCCCUGUAGGCCCCAACACCUAUGAAGAUGCUGGUAACUACAUCAAACUCCAGUUCCUGGACCUGAACUUGCGGCGAGAUAUCAAGGAGGUCUACUCACACAUGACCUGUGCCACAGACACAGAGAACGUCAAGUUUGUGUUUGACGCUGUAACUGACAUCAUCAUCAAAGAAAACCUAAAGAGUUGUGGUCUCUUCUAA